GGGGCGGGGCUGAGGGAGGCCUGCGGCCUGCGGCGGGAUGCGGAGCCUGGAGGUAGACGGCCGGCGCUGAGACCCACCGUGCCCGGCAGAGCCACAGCGCGGAGGGGGAGGCCGCGGCCCCCGCAACAUGAGCGGCAGCCGGCCCCGAACGAGCGCCUGGGCCGAGGCGGCCUCGGGGUCCGGCGGCAAAAUUCGAGAUGGGAAUAAGAUGGUAACAGUGGUGGCCACACCAGGUCAUGGGCCCGACAUUCCCAAGGACGUAUCCUACACAGAUAUUAAGAUCAUCGGUAACGGGUCCUUCGGCGUGGUGUACCAGGCCAAGCUGGUAGAGUCUGGAGAGCUUGUCGCCAUCAAAAAGGUUCUGCAGGACAGGAGGUUCAAGAACCGAGAACUACAGAUUAUGCGGAAGCUGGACCACGUGAACAUUGUCAAGUUGCUUUACUUCUUCUACUCCUCGGGAGACAAGAAAGAUGAGGUUUACUUAAAUCUGGUUCUAGACUACGUUCCAGAGACGGUUUAUCGAGUCGCCCGGCACUUCAACAAGGCCAAGCAACCCAUUCCCAUGAUCUACAUCAAGGUGUACAUAUACCAGUUAUUUCAGAGCCUUGCAUACAUUCACUCCCAGGGCGUGUGCCACCGCGACAUCAAACCACAGAACAUGCUGGUGGAUCCUGAUACUGCCAUCCUCAAGCUCUGCGACUUCGGCAGUGCGAAGCAGCUGGUGAAGGGUGAACCCAAUGUAUCAUACAUCUGCUCCCGAUAUUACCGAGCACCAGAGCUCAUCUUUGGAGCUACAGACUACACAUCCAAUAUCGAUAUCUGGUCGGCUGGCUGUGUGCUGGCAGAGCUGCUGCUGGGACAGCCCAUAUUCCCCGGGGACAGUGGUGUGGACCAGCUGGUGGAAAUCAUUAAGGUACUGGGCACUCCUACCCGGGAACAGAUCCGCGAAAUGAAUCCCAACUACACAGAGUUCAAAUUCCCACAGAUCAAAGCACAUCCGUGGCAGAAAGUCUUCAAGUCGCGGACCCCCGCGGAUGCCGUGGCGCUCUGCAGCCGCCUGCUGGAGUACACACCUGCCCUUCGCCUCUCCCCACAGGAGUCCUGCGCCCACCCCUUUUUCAACGAGCUGCGAGACCCCAGCACCCGGCUGCCCAACGGCCGGGAGUUGCCGCCCCUCUACAACUUGAGCCCAGCCGGAGAAUCAACUUCGUCGGACUCGAACCAAGCGUCCACCAGCACAUCGUUUGCCAUCUAAACCGAGGACUAGCAGCGCAGUGCACACCCUUCCCCACCCCUCUUAGCCCUAUCCCUGACCCACCUUAUCGUCCCUAACCCUAUCUCCAUCUUCGUUCUCAUCUCCUGUCCCCAUCCCCAUUCCUCCUUCUCCUAUCCCUAUCCCACAGUCCCACAGUUCAGCUCAGGUACCCCUCCCUUCCCAAACUCCACACACCCUGCCUCCAGGUACUCUGACCCACUCUACAUCAAACCCCUUCUCUCCUCUCAAUCCCACUCAACUCUCACCCUUCCCCCCCCUCCUCUCCCCUCCUACCUGCCUGUUCUCUUCCCUGCCUCUUCUCAUCCCUAUCACCCUCCCUCUCCCCACCCCAUCACUCUCUCCCCUCGCCUUCCCCUCUCUCUCUCCUCCCCUUCCCUUCUCUCUCCCCUCCCCUUCCCCUCUCUCUCUCCUCCCCACCCCUCUCUCCCCUCUCCUUCCCCUCUCUCUCUCCUCCCCUUCCCCUCUCUCCUCCCCUUCCCCUCUCUCCUCCCCUUCCCCUCUCUCCCCUCCCCUUCCCCUCUCUCUCUCCUCCCCUUCCCCUCUCUCCCUCCCCUUCCCCUCUCUCCCUCCCCUCCUCUCUCCCUCCCCUUCCCUCCCUUCUCUCUCCCUCCCCUUCCACUUUCUCAUUCCACUUCCCCUCUCUCUCCCUCCCCUUCCCCCUCUCUCCCUCCCCUUCCCUCUCUCUCCCUACCCCUCCCCUCUCUCUUCCCUUCCCCCUUCUCCCUCCCCCCUCUUUCUCCCUCCCCUCCCCCCUCUUUCUCCCUCCCCUUCCCCCUCUUUCUCCCUCCCCUUACUCCCUCUCUCUCCCUCCCCUUACCCCUCCCUCUCCCCUCCCCCUCCCUCUCCCCUCUCCCCUUCCCCUCUCCCCUUCCCCUUCCCCUUCCCCUCUCCCCUUCCCCUUCCCCUUCCCCUCUCCCCUUCCCCUUCCCCUCCCUCUCCCCUUCCCCCUCCCUCUCCCCCCUCCCCUCCCUUAUUCAUUUGCUCUCUCCACACUACCCUCCCUGUACUUUCCUCUCCUUGUUCCCCAAAACCCCAUCUUUUGCUGUUCCCAGUUUCCCUCCCUCACUCUGACACCUUCCCUCUGAUUUACAUUGCCUUUUCUCAGCCUCCCCUCCCCCUUGCUUCCCUUUUCUGCCUAACCCCUCCCCUUUGGUUCCUCUGUUCCCAACCCCACCCCUUGCUCCGUCUGCUGGCUGCUGAACCAUCGUAACCACCGCGUCUGGACGGAGGGCAAGGCUUAGUCUCAUUGGUGCCAUCUGCUCUGGCUGGCGUCUCCUGCGUGCAUCUGCUCCCUGGGGCAUUGUACAGUGUAGGCGGGUACAUUGUUGGUCUGCCAUCCCCUUCGUCUCUUGUUUUAUUUGUCUAACAUUUUAAUUAAAUCCAAAAUGGAGUUUUUUUUUUUAAA